AUGGAGCUCAACAACGAUGAAAGUUCAACUGAUGAUGAAGUCAUGAAAGAAGGUUUUCCUGUCAAUGAUGACCAAAUUGAUGAUGAUGAUGUGAAUGUAGAAUAUAAUGAUCUGAAUGAAGAAGAGAAAGAGAAUCCUCAUAUGGACUGUGUUAUCAUAGCUGACUCAAAUGGCAAUGAUGAAUCACCAUGCACUGAUGAAUUAGCUGAUCCUGAAUCGAUGGAAGAAGAUAAAGGCCAUGCUUUGUAUGAACUCGAACACCAGAAAGAAAAAGCAAUAGAAGAAUUAUCAAAAAUAUUCGAACUAUUGGACAUAGAUCCGAUUCAUGACAGAUCAGCAGUAUUACCCAUGCGAGUCAAAGUCAAUGAGGUGUAUAGAAAACUUGAUCGAUUAUGUGAUAUAUUGGAUAGAAAGUCUCAAGUAUUGCAUGAUCCAAAUCCUCAUGGACUCAUGAUACGUGAAUCAAAUGACCUUUUGGGUGGUUUGAGAAAGUUAUAUGCUGAUAAUGAUGCUAAUGAACAAGUUCGCUUGAUGACAAUUGCUCCCAAAGAAUGGGGUCGACAAAAAAUUAAAAAAUGGUGCGUAUUCUAUCCUCAUUUCGUUUGA